AUGCCUAUCCGACCUGCGAACUUUGCAGAUCUGCUACCAGCAGCACAUGUCUGCGCGAAGGCAUUCGCAAACGAAGAUCUGUUCGGCAUAAAAAUCCACCCAAACAGAUCAGUUUUCCCGGGCGACAUGUAUCUAUUCUUCCUACGAGGACUGCGAAAUGANUUUUUCGAUGGCCGCACUACAGUCAUGGUUUCGCAUCUCGAGGGUCAGUUGACCAGCAUAACUGGUGUUGCAGUCUGGAUACGCAAAGGGCCUGGUGGAGAUCGCAUGGCUGCGUCCCAAUCAUGGCUGGCAUGGUUCACGGGACGCUUCAUCAUUCCAACAUACAACUAUCUUGAAUCUCUUGUCUGGCCCAACCGUGCCGCCGAUCCAGCUAUGGUUGAUGUCCUGGACCGCGCCAUGCCGUUCACAGAACACUACUGGAAAACUCCCGAACGCCUUGAGAAUUGGUAUCUGUCUCUCCUGGGCACUGGUCCUGAGUAUCAAGGUCAUGGUUAUGGCAAGGAGUUGCUUAAGUGGGGUAUGGAGCGCGCUGCUGAAGAAGGUAUUUGUGUAUCUUUGGUCAGCGCGAAUAAUAAGCAUGGCUUCUACAAACGAUGGGGUGUGGAUCAAGAGGUGGGAUAUGGUACUGAAGGUGGAGAGGAGAAUCCGAUUCAUGAUGUUCCUGGUGGCAUGAUUCUUUUCUCUAAGAGAUUGGGAAAGCAAUAA